UUAUUUGUAAACGAUUAUUACAUAAAUUAUUAAUUUUGAUCUUUGACCUAAAGAAAAAAAAAAAAAAACUAAACGAUUACCAUAAUAAUAUUGUCUGAAUAGUUUUAAUAUUAUAAUGAAUCUAUUUAUCUGUAGUGACCUCUAUUAAGGGUGCAGAUUUAAUUAUUAAGGUAAAGAAAAGUCAUAUUAUGAUAUAUAUUAUAUUGUAGUAUAGUAUUAUGAACAACAUUGAAAAAAAAAAUAUAUAUUCUCAACUAAACAUGCCUCCGGAUUAUCUAAUCAAUUAUUAAAAAUGCAAUAGCAAUUUGUUUACGUCAUUUUUUUUAAAUAAUAUUAUUAUCGCCGAUUUACUCGUCUAGUUUUAUGACGUGUAUAAUUUGACACUAAACGACUCGAAUAACAAAAAAAUAAAAUAAUUAAACAAAUCACCUGGUUUUAGCGGGACUCACGCGCGGUUUAUGUUCAUAAAUCACAAUAAAACCGAAAUUAUUUAAAACAAUCGUUUUUCUAUACCUUCGAUUUUUAUUGACUUUUAUUAUUGUUUCACAUUAACUUUAUCACGUUAAGUUAACACGUCUUUUUUUUAGAUUCUGGGUGGAGCGAAAAAGCUUAUGGUUUUACAAAGAUGUUUAUGUUUUUUUUCUUAUCUGUGCCAAACUUUUCUGCCAGAAGACUUACUCAGAUUUUUAAGUGUAACACCUUAUCUGAAAGAAAAUUGGUGUCGGGAGGAAAUUUUUCGAUUUUCUCAGAAUUUUUCUCAUCAAAUUUGAAGAACUAAAGUAAAAUGGGAAAAUAUAAAAGAUGUAGAUAUUAGUUGAAAUAUAUUACGGCCUUCUUUUUUCCUGUGAACAAUUUUUCUACAAGGAAUUUGGUUCCAAUUUAUAAUGAUAACAAUUUUUCUGAAAGGGGAUUUGAUUGGGAAAGGGAGGACAUUUUUCGAUUUUCCCAAGAGUUUUGCAAGCAAAUGUAAAAAAAAACUAGUAUAAAACUUAUGAAAACCGAGAAAAACGUAAGAUAACUGGGAAAAUCCGUAAAUUAAACAUUAAACAAAUGUUAUUAAAGAAAAAAAAAUACAGCCUUUUUAAUUAUAUUUCUAUUAAAUAACAUAUAUAUUGUUGACAAAGGAUCACUAUCAACUGCAAUCUGUUCAGAAUCGUUUUUUAUGAUCAAUGGUUUAUCGUUGCUUACUGGUAUACAUUAAAUUAUCUAUAACAGUAGGUACACACGCGUUCUUAUUAUCCUAGAACGUCUUUUUUUUCUUGAUAUAAAUAUUGUUAUUAGUAUAUUUUAUUGAAAUCAGUAUAAGAUAUUAAUUCUGAAAACUGAACACUUUCGAUGACAUACAUCAUACGUCACAGUGUAAUAAUAUUAUAUUCGUCAUAAUAAUACAAUUUAGUAAACAAACAAAUUAAUUAACAAUUAUUAUAAACGAUAUAAAAACGUACUUUUUAGCUGCCGUACACAUAUUUUCAUAAUAAUAUUAUGUUAUAUAAAAUUGAUGCACAUUUUGAAAUACUAGUUUAUUAUAUUAUAGACGGUUUUUUAUAUUUUUUUUUUUUUUUUUAAAAUUACGACUAUUUUCAUUAUUUUAUAGCUGUCGCAGCAGUUUGAUAUAAUAUUAAAGAAAGCGCGAUACAUUUACAGUACAACAGAAUAGGUGUGCGUAAGCAAAUCCGUGACAGUGAUAGAUACUUCAUAAAUAGGUAGCCAAAUAUUGUUUGUAAUAAAAAUUUGACUUAAAUACAUAACGCCAAUAAGUGAUAACAAAACAAUUAUUAUUGCGGCCCUUACACCGGAGUAUGUUAUAUUAUUUAAUUUUGAUUUGAUUUGCGUGUGAAAACUUUUUCUACCAGAAAACUUACUCCAGUGUAUAUGAUGUAGACCCUUGAUGGAGAUCAGGAAUUUUCUGAUCAAAUGUGAAAAACCGAAAAAACCUGGGAAAAACGAGAAAAUUUACAAAAUAUAUUACUACAAUUUUUUGAUUUUUUUAUUUUUUUCUGUGGACAACUUUUUUACCAAAAAUUUUGCUACGAUUUACGACAGUACUUUUUCUAAAAGAAAAUCUGACUGAGGAGGUACUUCUAAGCGUUAACUUUUCGAUUUUCUCAUAAAUGUUUCCCAAAAUGUGAAAAACCGAUAAAAAAUAAUGGAAAACCGGGAAAAACUUCGGAAAAUCGGUACAAUAUUAAACAAAUAUUAUAAAAGAAAAUAUAAAGCCUUUUUAAUUAUUUUACUAUAAAAUGACAAAUAUAUUCUUGACACUAUCAACUGAACUCCGCUCAGAAUCGUUUUUUCGUUAGCAAUGGUUUAUCGUUGCUUACAGACAUACAUUAAAUUUCCUUCUGUAUCCUACCUUCCCAACUUUCCACUUACAACAGUGGCUAUACCCGUCUCCAUUAUCUCUUAGGACUGUUUUUUUUUCUGUUCACGUUUUUUAAGUUGUUCAACUAUAGUUAAAUUCAUUUUUUCCUAGUUCAUCCGUAUCGCCAAGUAACACAUAAAUCGACCUAAAUAAUUAUAUUUUUGUUAUCAAAAUACCAAUUACCCAGUGUCAGGCACCUACUAUCCCCCCCCCAUUUAGAUAUUAAAUACGGUGGGAGUAACUUAUAUGUAAUUAAUUGUCUACAAUUAAAUGUAUGCUCAAUCAGUUCGGUAGUUUGAAUGAGAAUCGUGGUCAAAAACAUCUAUCCGUCUAAUCAAAUUUUCGUAUUUACAUUAUUAGUAGAAUGUCAGUUUUUUUUUUUUUUUUAUAAUUAUAUAAAUUUCAUGUGCACGUGCAUUGUGGUAGUAGUUAAAUAUUAAAUAUAGUUAAUACGCAGAGUAUUAUGUGAAUUAAAAAAUGUAACAGUUAAUUAAAUAAGGUUGGUUUUUCAACUCACAAUUCAAUAAAAAAUACACUCCGAAUCUAAAUAUGUUCGCCGUUGAAAUUUAGACAUUAUUUUUUACUGUGUGCCCGGUAAUAAACAAAAUCAAAUAGUAAUAAUGUUGCCUACUUUAAACGCCUAAAAAAUGAUUCAGAUUAUAUAACAAAAUAAAUAAUUAUUUCGCUUCUUUCACUUAAACAACUUAAUGUAGUUAUUAUAAUAACAUCUAUAAAAAAAAAAAAAGUUUGUUAAUAUUAUUAAUUGUUGUUUUUUUUUAAUUUUUCAACUCUUUGCUUAAUCUUCCAGAAGGUUGUCUCGCUCCUUUGUAAUAUCAACUAUUUGCUCGAACAAAUCAUUAAUCUCCUUUAAUGCAUGCUUUUUUUCGAAUCUUUCAAACUUUAAUUCCUGUCUAAAUUUAAAGUUCUUGUCCUCUAUGGCCAUCUUCUCGCUAAUAAGUGUUAAAUCCGUGCGUCCGAGACUUUUAGGUUUUGAAUAUAAAACAAAAAGAAUUGACACUGGGGAGCGGCCACUGUUGUAGGUGAGAAAUUGGGAAGGUAGGAUACAUAAGGUUAUUUCAUUUAUAUCUGUAAGCAACGGUAAACCAUUGCUUGACGAAUGACGAUUUCGAGAGCAGUUCGGUUAUACAUAAUUUGAAGUGCCGUAAUUUUUUUUUGCAAUUAUCGUUGAAAAUUGAUUAAAAAAAAAAAAGUCGUCCGAAUAUUUUGGAAAUUUUACAACGUCUAUUUAAGUCCAAUAUAAGAAUUAUUAUAAAGUUUCAAUUCUCUACGUAUAUUUAUAACCGAAUUACAACAAAAAACUUCCAAAAAUUAAAAUUCCUUAAAUUCUUAAAAGUGGCUCAAAAUGUUUAGCAAUAAUACCGUAAGAAAGUAAAUAAAAAAGGCAACAAAAAAAGUGUUUUGUGAUUUUCCGAUAAAAUAAUUUUUUCGGGUAGAAAACGUCGUCCGUGUUUCUAUAAAAUAAUGAAAUCGUGAAAUUGUACGUUUUCCUACGUUUUCUCUGACUUUUGGCGUCGAAAAUCAAAAAAUUAAAGUACAAUCUAAACAACUUGAGCUUUCAGAAAAGACGCCACACUUAUACAUAGGUGCAAGUCUACUAGGAAAAAACGUGUCCGCAGACUAGAAGAUAAGAAAUUAAAAUAUAAACGGCACUGUAAGACCAAUAGCUCCCUCGCAACGUUCGGAAUUUAAAAAAAAAAUUAAUAUACAUUUUAAUAUCAAUAAUGCUAAGUACGUGUAAAGAAUUAUACCUAACGAAACGAAAUCUGUAGGAGCUAUUUUUUAAAAGUUGCGCGCGAAUACGAGCGGUUUUUAUUCGAAAACAAAACCAUCAUCAUAAUUAAUAUGCAUAAUAUGUAAUUUCCGAUACAUAAUUCGAACUAACCGUUUAGCUGCUACGUAAUUAUUAUUGAUAGAGCGGUGUUCUCAUUCGGUGGACUCGAUUUCAGAGACCUACUUACAUAAUAAUAACGCCUUCUUUGCGUAGCUGUGUAGAUGCGUGUAUUCCGUCCACGAGUAAUCGGCCCGUCAAACCGUUCGCACGUUAAAUAAAUUAGGUUUUAACGUUAUGACGUAUCCCCACAAUCGUUCCAAAUCGGAACUACGGACACGCAUAUUAUAGGUACGUCUUUACGUUUUGCCACUUGCCGUACCGAAGCAACAACGUUAUCAACGGAAAAAAAAAAAAAAACAAAAAAUUAUAUAUAUCCUUCGUCGCACUAUCCGUCUGUAAUGACGUAAAAAUACACCGUGAGCAAAUUGUAUUAUUGUUGUUUUACCUCGCUGUAACAACUAUAGUAUUAUCGACGAGACGUUUUUACAAAGGUCUUAGUUGAUAAAAAAAAAAAAGGUACAUUUGUGUAUUCUAUUUUACGAGGCCAAAGUUGAGUAUACAAAUUAUUAUUAUUAUUAUUAUUAUUACGUAUGCUACAUUUGAUUCAAUCGAAUAUUUUGCAUGAACGCUGCAUGAAAAAAUUUAGUACAUACUUUGAAUAACCGAAAUGACGAAUUUCGAGUUAUUCGGUUGUACCGUUGCGCUCGUUUGCUUUGUUGAUUUUUGCGUUUUUCAACCGAUGAUUCGGCGUGCUCGCGAAUCCUCCGUGUUACGGGUGUUCGACCCGCGGGUACGCCGGGUCAUAAAAAAAAAAAAACACAAAACACAAAAAUGAAUCGAGAAAACUAGCGCAUAGUCGGAACAAAUUGUAAUACACGUACGCGUUUAUUUUAUAGGUCACAGCGGUUAUGGCAAUACUGGUUUCGGUCCCAUCUACCGUCUACCGCCCACGCCUACACGGAACAUGUGAGUACUAUUUCCAUAGUAAUAUUUCCAUACCGCGUUAUACGACGUCAAAUUCGCGCGUUGUCCGUUUGUUUUUUUUUUCCGACCGAAAUAAUUGAUCUGUCGAAUAUAUUUAUGCCACUUUUUACGCAUAGCGCGUAUAGGUUAAGUAUUACGUAUCGAGCGGCCGCGUCAUUGUCGCGGUUCGUUCGCCCGCCGGACGCGAGAACGUCCGAACGGUUUCCGUUGCCGGGACAAUCGUCAACGUGCACCUUGUGUACGCCGAUUAAUGUUAUCACACUUCGCGGACGAUAUUGUUGCUGUGUUGUUUCGUUUUUUUUUUUUUUUUUUCCCCCCGCGGCGAAACGGUUACGAAUAAUCGUCGCUGCAGCGCAAACGCAUAGGCGAUUCGCGAUAUCGUCGCGAGCGCGCGCGAACGGUUCACGGGCCGUAAGCGAUUGCACGCGAAUUUCGAAACGCCGCCGUUCCGAGACAGCCGCCGUGAUCGAUCCCCGCGCGACAUUCGAUCGCGAUACGAACGAUUAUUGAACAACGCCGGACAACAAUAACAGUUCGGGAGGACGAGGGAGAGGGGGAUGAUGGGGGGUGGGGAGAGGCGGGGGGGUUAACGCUAUCGCCGAAACGCCACGGGAUCGGGCCGCGCGCGGUUUCGCGUGUCGCGUGAAACUCGCCGCGGGGAAUCCGAUGAUUGCGGGUGCUCCCGUCAGGCGAUAAUCCGACGACCGUUUUCCCGCCGCCGCAGAAAUGAAAAACGCGUCUCCCGGGAACGCACAGAUAACCGAAAACGCACGGUUUCCGCGCCGUGGAUUUCGGCCGAAACGGCGUUUGUUCGCAUUCGCUGCCGUAUCGCACGGCGCAGUCGAUAAACGUGCGCUCGGGUCGCCCGCCGUACCGUGCGAAACGCUUACGCGGAAGCGCGGCCUUUCCCGGAAACCGACUGGCCACGUGUUGCCGUAAUUCGAUUGCGUACGUUGUUGGCACACUCGCGGAAACGAACAAACGGUUUCGCGGAACUCCCUCGACGGCAUUUGGUGUUCGGGCGGCGAUCGGGUGCGCCGAAUCGCGGGCGCUGACGGCGAAGAAAUAAUGCCGCGCGCGCGCGCGUGACAGCGCGGUCGUGACGUUCGGAGGUAAAACAAACGAAAUUACAUCAACGGAAAACCGAAUUCAAUAGUCAUUCGGAGAUGAGUGUUUAUAAUUAUUAUUAUUAUUAUUAUUUUUUUUUUUUAAAUAAAAAAAAAUUCGUGUUUAAAGCGGCGGAUAAUUAAUCGAGUGUUUUAUAUGCGCAAAAUUUGCCGUACACAUAAUUGAUUUCCAAAACUUUUAAAUCGAUUAAAGUUUUCGGGACGGAUUUUUUUUCUCCGAUUCGAUAAACUUAAAUUACUAUCGUAUUUCACGAGAUAUGGCUCGUAAAGUUUUACUUUCGCGGGGACGACGGACACUUCGGUAACACCGCGGAGAUAAAACUCCGAAAUUCGAACGCUUUCUCGCACGGUUUAUUAUUACGACGCUUUUACCGCAAAAUUUCGCUUUUCCGAAUCUAUUUUUAUUAUUUUCAAUUUCCGAAUUGCGGUCGUCGAUAGGUCCCGCGGGUAACGUAAUACAGGUGGCGGAGUAUAAAAACACCGAACGGUUUUUAAAAGCCCUGGAAACUCAAUAUUUUAGCAACCUACACCGUACAGGCAUACUUACCCGUACCGUAUACUAACCUGUAUUUGGAACGAUUUUUUUUUUUCUUUACCGGCACCAUAAAAAAUACGUUUAUAUUAUAUGUCGGAUACGUACUAUAUAAUAUUAUAUCGGAUAACAGCACACUGACCGUAUCCGCUACGAACUCAAUUAUUUAGGAUCCGAUAAAAAGAGAAAAAAUACCACUAUUUGAACAUAAAGAAACGCGAUAACUGGAGUAGAUAUCCGAUUUAUCAAAAAAUAUUAAUUAUUAUAAUAAUUCAUAUAAUAAAGAAAUGCUAAAUGCAAAAAGGGCGCAUGUCAAUAUUUUAAAACGAUAGAUACCGCGCGCCUAUACAAGUUUCUGUUACAGUCUGCAGCUUAUGAAAUUCAAUUUAAAUUUAUGAGUUUUUUCCGUCUGUUUGGAUAAUUUUAAAUUCUGAAUGAAGCGAAGAAGCUUAUGAUUUUACAAACGUGUUUAUUUUUUUCUGUCAACAACUUUUCUACCGGAGAACUUGCUUCGAUUUUUAUGUGUAGCACCUUUUCUGAAAGGAAAUCGGUAUGGAUUGGUACUUUAAGGAAGUAGUUUUUCGAUUUUUUUCCGGAAUUUUUUUAGUAAAUGUGAAAAACCGAAAAAAAAUUUAAAAAACGGGAAAAUGUAAGAAAUGUAGGUAUUGGCUAAAGAUAUGAUGGCCUUCUUUUUUUCUGUGAAGGACAACUUUUCUACCAUCAAUUUUGCUCCAACUUACAAUGACAUUAAUGUUUCUUAAAGGAAAUUUGAUUGGGGAUGUACAUUAGAGGUCAUUUUUUGAUUUUCUCAAGAGUUCUCCUAGGAAAUGUGAAAUGCCAGGAAAAAACAUGGUAAAACCUCGAAAAACGUAGGAAAAACGGGAAAAUCUAUGCAAAUAUUGUUAAAGAAAAUAUACAAGACCUGUUUAAUUAUUUUAAUAUAAUAUAAUAUAUAUAUUGUGGACAAAUCAUCACUAUCAACUGAACUUGGCUCAGAAUCGUUUUUUCGUUAGCAAUGGUUUGUCGUUGCUAACAGACACACAUUCAAUCGUCCAUAACAAUAACUGCAUUCGUCUCCAUUAUCCUGGGACAGCUUUUUCAAAUUAGUGAUUUUUAAAGUCUUCACUUAUCAUUACAAUUAUUAGUUUUUAUGGUUUUUUCGGGAGACGUUUUAACCGGGUAUUUUUUUCCGUGUAUAAUAAAAAUUAUUAAAAGUGCAAAAAAAUGUGAAAUUGAAAAAUAAUACAAAUAAAUUCCAUAAUAUAGCCGCUACACACUUUUUAAUUUCAUACUGCGCACCUAACAUUUCGUAUUACACCAAGUGUGUGGAAUUACACGCAAUAACCAUUGAAAACGGAAUUUCCUAUUUGAUUUGUACGAUCCGCAAUCAGGCGACGUACAGUAUCACUACUAUACAAACAAAGGCUAAGAUGUUUACUUUUUCUUACUGAGCACUUAGUAGUUUAUAAUAGGUUUAUAAAAACAUAUUUUAUCAUUGGCAACAUCAAUCACCUCUUCCCCCCCCCCUCGCCGAAACAGAAUUGUUUAAGAUUUUAAUUUGUGGUAUGGUGGGGAGGGAAAGAGGGAGAGAGGAAUAUUUUUGAUUAGAAAAUCGACAAAAAACAACCGUUCGCAAAUUAAUUUCGAUUUACAUUUUUCCUCUACACGUAUUACGUGUAUUAUCACAUAUAAUAGAUAUAUUUAUUAAGCCAUUUUAUUUUGUUUUUAUAAAGAUUGGAUCCUAAAUUAAUAUAGUAUCUACCUUAAAGACGUUAUUUUAGAUUUUCUCAGAGGGGCUUAAUUAGUAUAUUUGUUUUGUUUUUUUUGUUUUUUUUUUUUAUAUAUAAAUUUACUCUAAAAUAGUUAAUUGCUCUGUGAACGGGUAGUGUUUUUGUUUUUUUUUUUUUUAAUUCAAACGUGCAUUUCCCGUUUCCGAGACCUUUUCGUCGACGACCCGUCAUUUGCAUAAUACGUUUGUAGCACCGCAUUUCGAACGCCUCUGUACUUCGCCUGUUUACCCGUGUCAAAUAGUCCACACGAUCGCGCUCCAGACGUACGGUUUUAGCAGGUUUUUCCGGACGUGUCGACGAUUAAUAUUAAUUUGUCGCGGUAAAAAGACUUCUCCCCCUCCCCUUUCCGCCGGUAAAUGCUGCCGCCUCGACGCGACACAUUCGCUCGGUCGUCUCUUCUGUAUCGCGUCUUCCGCGCGUAGAACUCGUAGCGCUUGCCCGAAUAUCUCAUAUCUGGAGCAUAAACAAAUCGAUCGAUUGGUUCGAAUAUCCGUUUGACGACCUAUCGGUUUUGUAGGCGCACGGCAACAGUGUCACAACGUUCUCCCGCCGGACCGGGGGUAAUGACGAGAAAAAAAAAAAAAAAACAAUUUGUUUGUUUUGUUUUUUUUUUUUCCGCCAGGCAAUAACCUCAUUGAUUCGAUUUGGAACGAGCACACGCCGCAGACGAGAUAACGUGCACGGACGUUCAUCGCCCGAAUAAUUUGUGUCGGACGUAACACGAUAUCGGCGUACACGCUAUCACCGUACACACCGGUUACAUUAUGUUAUUAUUUUCCGUGUCAUGCAUUCUCUCGCGGCCCGGCGUUCCAGAUUGAGCAGGUCAAAUCGCCGCCGCAGCCUCGAAAAAAUUGUAAUUUUCUCCCUCGCUCCCCCCCCCCGCCCAACCCCCGUCCACUCGCCUAUUGUGCGGCCGUUUGUUACGGUCCGGCCGGAGCGGGCGGCGGCUCGCGAACGUAUUACGGUUUCGGCGGUUCACUCGCGUGCGUGGUUACGGCAAUAUCCCGCGGCGGGGCGGGUCGGGCCGUCAUUCGAACGCGCCGGGAUAACGAUCCCGCGAACUCCGGCGAUAACAGAGACGAUCGAAAUUGAAACAUUUGUUAUUUUUUUUUUUUUAUAUGAAAUCUGUAAGAAAAAAUUAGAAUUCCGUUUAACCGCACGGUAUUGUCCGUUUUCCUCCGGAAAACCCGGCCGCUCGGUGCGCCGCGUUCUCGAGAAACCAUCGCGGACAUAUGAGGGGCAACGUGUGCCGGUUUUUCCGCGGGACGACGCGAACGGGCGGCGGGUGUGCGGGAGUCGUUCGGCGUUGCGAGCGCGGACGACGAUCAAAGGUCGCGGCGGUGCCGUUGCAUAAUAUUCGGAAAAAAGGCGUCGGGGUUUUUGACGGCGGCGCGCCAAUAACCCAGUUACGACACCGCGGCGCGCGGCGAUUAGAUAUAUUUCACACCCGUAGGAAAACGGCCGCGAGAAUGUUACAAUAACGCGCCGCAACACGGUCUACACACAACUAGACCGGAAAAAAAAAAAAAAAAAACCCCGAGAAAAUUGAAUAACGUCGACGGCGAUAACAUUACAAUAUUACACAGUAUUUAUUAUAAUAAUAAUGUGCACGGUCCAAUGACCCGGGCUCUCGCGCGUCCGAAUUAUACACUAUUAUAUUCUCUCUUUCUCUCUCUCUGCGUACGCGCGUAUAACACAACACGUCGCCGGGGCCCGCGGCGGAAGACGUAAAAGUGUAACGCGCGGCGGAGAGAAAUAGCAGAAAAAAAAAAAAAAAAUCGGCUACACGGCGAAAAAAGAAAGAAAUUUCACCUAUACACUCUCCGCGCGGUGAAAGUAUUACGCGGCGCGAUAAUAAUAUCCCGCCGUACGCGCCGCCGCCGCCGCGUAUUAUACCGUACCCACUGCGUUCCGUAUAUAAUAACACAAUACAACACAAUACUGUUGUGCGCGCGCUCGUCGGCGACCGUAAUAGUUUCGUGAACUCGCCGUCGUCGCCGCCGCCGUUCACGUCAUAUCCCGGUUAAGGUCGUUGACCGUGUUUCUCCGGGCCGCGGCGGCGGCCCCGAACCCGACCGGCGACCGGCGCGCGCGAUUUGACCUCGUUUCGGGGGGGAACCGAGAGAGCGCGAGAGAGCGAGCGAGAGGGACGGACGCGGAGAAAGACGGAGAGGAAAUCGCGCGCGCGGACGACAUCCCAGAAGACCGUAAUAACGAUAUUGUUAUAUCAGUCGCGGCGUAUGGUGUUGUCGUUACCCGCCUCGCGCGCGACGGCGCGCGCGGUCCGACCGUGACCGGGCCUCGUGAACGGGGCCGCGCGCGCGUUAUUAUUGUAAUAGCAACGAUAAUAACGAGGUUGGGGUAUUUAUCGCGUUCGCGGGUCCGGCGCGAGUAGUCCGGGGCCGACAGCCCCGCGCGCGACCGCGGCGUUACGUCGACGCGCGGGCCCGCGGGAUUUCGGGCGGUAACGGGACGUCGGCGGGCGCCGUGCCGCGUUUCAGGUCCAGGACCGCGUGGUCCGUUGGCGCGCCCGACCGUCCGCUUUACCGGCCGAGCACCGCGCUCGCGUCACCGCGGGCUCGUGUCGUGCUCGGGACGACGCGCCGGACUCGCUCUUCGUCGGAACGGUACCGCGGGUUCUGGCGCGUUCGGAUUACGGCGUAUUUCGCGAAACCCCGAAAAGGUUACGAGGCGCUACGCGCGCGUACGGCGGAAAUCCUCGCGAGGCCCGAAUACGCCGCUGCGCGCUAACCAACGACCGAGGAUUUCGGCUGUUCCGGCGUACGGCUUGAGGAUUUCCUCCGUAAUCUCCUCUAUCGUUUUUUCGCUGUUCCUUUCCAAACGUUUGCAAAACGCUUUUUCCAGAGAUUUGUUUGCUAUUUUAAAACGCCUUUUUGGGGAUUAUGGGAGAAUAUAAAUCCGGUCUCUAGUCGAUGCCAGAAAGCGCUGUCGCGAAAACGGGAAACGACCGGGUGCCGUUAUUGUGUUACGGGUGAUUUUUUUUUUUUUACUAUUCUCAAUGAGAUUUUACAUUAUAAAUAAAUUAUAAUAGCUCGACAGUCGAUAUUUAAUUAUUAUACUCGCAAAAAGAAGAGCGAUAAUCGAGCUAUACGGUGGGAGAGAGAGAGAGAGAGAGAAAGACGGACAGUUUAGAGGCAAAUGCCGGAAAUCGCAGCCCCGCCGCAGUUGAGUGUACGAGCUGCUGUCGAGUCCCAAUUCGAAUGAAUGACUGGUGGUAAUAGAUCGUGUGACCGGUGCAUACGUAAUCUGGUGUAUUUAUAGUCGACGGCGGGGCGCGGCUAAUCUUUAGAAAUUGAAACGGCGCGCGGUCGAGUAGGUAUAUUUUUAACCGGUGCAUUCUAUAGGACUGCACGCGGAAAGUGGUCCCGUUCGUUUUCGUUGCGAGUAAAUUAUCAUAAUUACAAUGUUACCGCUCUGUCGAUCCCGAGGCCGAUCGAUACCGAGUACCUUCAACGGAAUUCGUUUGGACAUUUUGCGACGGUUUUCGCGCGAAACGUCGCAGUCGGGCGGAUUUCGGCCGUUUUCCGCGCUCGCGAUAUCCUGAUCCCGUCGCAGCAAGGCGGGAGAGGGGGGAAAAGAGCGAUACGAAAUUCUACACGCCUGCACAAGGUUUUAAUCCGUGUAUUUCCCCCGUCCCCCUUUGUUUUUCGCGGGAGACACUCGCACGCGAGAUUCGUGAUGUGACGUUCGCGCAGCGGCGCGAGAGAGAAUCCGCGCGUUUCCGAGGGCCGACAUCAUACGCUACCCUUCCCCCCCCCACACCGAACAAGGCGCGAAAGCCGACGACGUUUUUCGCGCUCGCCGAACCCCGGGGGAUGGCGGAAAUUUCGCGUACGCGGUUCGUCGACCCGAAUUUACUUUAUUAUACGCGCGCGAAAAUAUAGUAUACAGGUGUGUGUGUGUGUGUGUGUGUGUGUGUGUGUGUAAUAAUAACCUAACCGAUCGUAUUUCGAAUGGGCGGGACGAGAUUUUUUCGUUUUUUCUCCGCGCAAACGCCAUAACAUUCGAAAACGUUCUCUUACCCAUAAUUUAAUAUACGACACACAAUAUUAUUGUUUGUACACACGCGCGUUACGGAGCCGCGAGCCGCGCGCGAUCUCGCGCCGAAAACAGGAACGGCGCGGCGACGGCGUCUACAGGCCAUAAAAUGUUGUCGGCCCGGUCGUUGACGCGCGAAAGAAAGUUGGCCGUGAAAGUGGUCGUCGCGGUAUUGUUCAAGUUCAAAGUCCAAAACCGCCGUGGCGGCGACCGUAAUAGAGAGAGCAAAAAAAAAAAAUACGAUAAAUACUAAAAACGUACAAGAAGUCGCGGUUGUUGCGUCGUCGCGGACCGGUCCGCCGACCGCCGCGAUUCACUAUCAUUCCGCUCCGAAACGUUUGUAUUAUUAUAUUAUAUUAUUACGAAUAAUAUUGUUUUCAGAGAGAAAUGGCGGCAAGAGAGAAAUGGCGUGCGAGAGAGAGAGAGAGAGAGAGAGAGAGAGAGUGAGUGAGAGAGAAAAAACGGGGAACGAAAAAAAAAAAAUGUGUGUCAAGUGAACGUUCGGCGGCCGAUGCAGUUCGCGCCGACGAGAAAUGCAUGAUUACUAUAAUACCAUAAUAAUAGUAAUAUAAUGUUUAAUAAUAUCGUAUCGUUGUAGCGAUUAUAUUAUAUUUUUCCGCCGCCAUCCGUUUCCCACGGGACUUCCGCAAAACGAUAUUAUCUCGUAACACACGCGCUAAAUAGAAAAAAAAAAAAAAAACCAACGUUACCUACUGACACACAAUAAUACGUUACAGUGUUGCUAUUAUAAUACGCGUGCAACGCGAUUAUAUUAUUAUAAAACAAAUAUAAGGUUGUUUUUGUGUUUUGGUUUUGGUUUUUUUUUUUUUUUUUUUAAAUAAUAUACUAUAUCUAUUAUUUAUAACGCCGGCCGAUCGUAUCGUAAUGGUUCGCUGCUGCAAACGGUACCGCGUAGAUCGGAAAAUCGGGGUCUGAACAUUUUACAACAAUAGAUUUUUAUUUUUUUCUUGCUCCGAUGUGUACGACGACGCGCGACGUGGAUUCUCCUCCGAAAGGAAAUAUUCUCGGGGGCGGUACUUUAGUGAGGUUAUUUCACGAUUUUUAUUUUUUUUAUGGACAACUUUUCUACUUGUUCCGGUCAACAAUGACAGCACUUUUUUCAAAUAGGAAAUCUGACUGGGGAGGUACUUUGAGGAGGUCAUUUUUGGAUUUUCCACAGGAUUUCUCCAAAUUAAUGCGGAAAACCGGGAAAAACGUAGGAGAGACGUGAAAAUCGGAUCAACAUUACACAAAUAUUAUUAAAGAAGAUGUAUAAUGCUUAUUCAAUUAUUUUACCAUGGUAUAGUGUAUUUUCAUUUUUCGUUAGCGACGGUUUAUCGUCGCUUACUGUUAUACGUUGAAUUCCCUUUUGUACCCUACCUAUCAAACUUCCAUCUUGAAACAGUGUCUGCACCCGUUCGCAUUAUUUUAAGACAGCUUUAUUAAAGUUAAUGUUACGGUUGAGUUCGGAUGGUUUAUUGAAGAUUGAUGUGAAUUUUUUACAGGUCCGUUUCCCUGGGACCCGUAAAUCGCCCCAUCGACUCGGUCGGACCAACAUAAUUUUUAUGUACCCGAUUUAUAAAACCUUACCUGACCCUACGACGAUUUUUUAACUGUCGGGAAUUUCGAAAAACAUUUCGAAUCGUGUACCGUCGGCCGCAGGAAAUCGCGCGUCUUUCAAAUUAAUGUAGGUGAACGAUUUGGAUAGGUUUCACUAACCGAAAGACCGUGUUUUCGCAAAAAUAAAGCGCACAUUCUAAGUAUUUUCCUUUAAGAAUCAAAUACUUUUUACAACUAUUCGGAAAUCGGAAUACUACUACACUCGAUAAUGUAAUUUUUUACAAAUCGACACAAUUCGCAGUGUGUAGAGUACCGCGAAUAGUAUAGCGUAAGCCCCCCGACGAGUCAAUCAACUCCUGUUAAGCGCGCAUUUAUAAAAUUUUGUUUAGUAGUUUUGUUUAGCCACAAUCUUCUUUUUUUUUUCGUUUUAAUGUAUUAUAAACAAAUCGUUAUAAUAUUAUACACGAGUAUGAUACAACAGCCUUUCAGCGAUUUAUUAUUGUUCUACGACGAUUGCGCUGAAAAUCAAUGGGGGGACCUUCUUUACAGCCAAACGACUCGUUUAUAGUGAAAACCACAUUCCGAAAUUUACAAUCGUUUGAACGAACGGACCGACCGCGACAGACGCGGACAAAAUCAUGAAGUAGCUUACGCUACCUAAUAAUAAUACAUAAGAGAGAGUACCAUUCUACAUUAUGAGCACAUUUAUAUAUAUAUAUAUACAUUGGUCGAUACGUUAUCGCUUAUUGUUAUCAGUAUGGCCGAGAUUCCUACGCGUUUCCGAAAUAUUAUUUUUCGAUCGAUUUAAAAAAGUACGAGUUGUCGUGUGAUUUGUUAGAUUAAGUGAUAGCGUGUAGAUAAGACACGAGUUUGCAUCGGAGCCCUUAACGAGUCGACGAGCAACAUUUGAUUUAGCAUAAUAUUUGAAACGUAAUAAUAUAUUUUAUAAUAAUUAAACGUUUUAGUCUUUAUAUCAAAAAAUAUGAAAUGCAUUUUUUUUUUUCAAAUACCGUUUAUAGUCAAUACUAAUACUUAACGUAAAGUAUAUUAUAUUGACGUUGAGCGAUUGUUUUUAAAUACUUGUUGACUACUCGGCUAAUCGCCGAUUGACAAGCGUUUAUUGUUUAUUGACGACAUAAAUGUCUUAGAAGUUCACUAUAGUAUCAAUGGCGCCAUUUUAAAUUUGAAUAGGGGUAAGAAAAUUUGAGGGAGGCUAAUUGAUUUUUUGAUUUUUUUCACUGGGCAACUAAGUAAUAAUUUUCCUAAUUAGGGGAUUCAGUUCUUCCAAAUCUAUUAAUAUUCCCCAAUUUUUAAAUAAUUAUCCUUCCCUAAACUACUGACUCUUGUUGUGCCACUAGAAUUCGCAAACAAAUUUGUAUUGAGAUAUUAUUUUAUUUAUGCAAAUGAAACUCAUACUUACAAAACUGUAAGAAAAAUAAAAAAUUGCAACUAUGGCAAUAUAAGAAAUAAUCAAUAGUUACAAAUGUUUAUUCAUUAGUUUAGAACUAUUUAGAUUAUUUACCUAGAUAGAGAUGAAAGAUAGUUAAAAUCUAAAUUAUCUAGAUAAAGAUAAAAGAUAAAACACUAUUUAUCAAUUUAUACUAAAUUCUACAAUCUAAAAUUUCUAUUAGAAUUUAGAAAUAACUUAAAUAAACGAUCCGGAUAAUAUUAUUGCCUAUCACUGAAUGUUUUUAGUAUUGUUCUCUAUUUGUACAAGGUAGGUUUACUAAUGAUACAUUAGAUUUUAACUUUCAAGUUCAAUUUUUCGGAUUUAUCGAUUAAGUAUAUAUUUGUUUAUUUAUCUAGAUGAAUUUUGUUUAUUAUCUAGAUAAGAUAAAAGAUAGUUAUUUAUCUAGAUAACGCUCAACACUGUUUAUUUAUCUGCAAUAUCUAGUUCUAGUUUUAUAGGUUUUACUGUUAUUAAUAAUUUUCGACAGAUCAAUUUUUUCUUUUUUAUUUUUUAAUUUUUUCUUUACGAUGGACAAUAAUCUAUUUAGCAAUAGCUAAUGUUUUUAAAUCGAUUUUAUUUUAUUCGCAGUCUACGUAAUGGAUGUAACAGACCACGUGGAAGUCAAACACGAAAUCUAUACGCACGAUCCGCUACAUUAUUCACCGUUCGGGUAAAUCAAUUAAAAGUACCGAAAGUAAAAUAAAAUAUUCAUUUUUAGUCUUUAAUUGCAUUUAUUGGAAAUUCGAUCAAAAUAUGACCGACCAUCACGAACACGUUGACAACGAAAUGUAAAUGUAAAACGAAUAGUAAUUUGCCAUUUGUGUUCUGUCCUUUUUGGACGUUUAAAAGUCCGCAAAAACAUAAAUUACAGUGCCAAAUACGCCAAAUGUUUAGUCAUUCAUUUAUUUAAUCAUUUAAAUCAUAUAGAUACCUUAUUUCAUCAGAUUUUAUGUUUAGGGAAUAAUAAAUUUUGAAUUCGUCUAUUAACUAGCCCCAACAAAUAUUGUCAUUAUUUUAUUUCUAUAUAAUAUCAUCAAUACGAUUAUUAAAAUUAAAAUUUUAGGCACAACGUGUGUACUCACUUUUCAAUUUAUUUAAACUAAAUAACCCAAGGACGAGUUAUUUUUUUUUCGAAUUUUUGUCAAAGGACAACGUGUUAGGUAACGGACGUCUUUUAAUCGAUUUUAUUUUAUUUACAGCACUCGUAAUGGAUUUAACCUAACACGGAUGGUAGACAAAAAGUCUACACGCACUUCGAAAUUUCGUCCAAAACGAUCGGCUACAUUAUUCACUAUAUUUAAGUAAGGUAAAUUAAAUACACGGAGUAAUUUAUUUUUAUCUGGUGUUUACUUUUCAUUAUAGGAAAUCCUAUCAAAAUAUCACCGUCUACCGCGAACACUUUUACGAUGAAACGUAAGUAUAUCACGAAUUUUAAUGAACCUUUUGUCUUUAAAAAAGACUGCGAAAAUAAUUCAAGACCACUUUUACAAUUUACUAAAUAAAAUCCUCAGUCUCGAAAAAAAAAAAAAAAAAAAAAAAAACGAAUCACUAUGCGAAAUGCAUAGGUAUAACCAUUAAUGCAUUAAAACAUCAUCACAUUGGUACCUUAUUCCGUCAGAUAUUAUGCUUAGGGAAUAUAUUUUGAAUUCAAAUAGAAUACAAACAUUGAUAAUAUUUUAUUUCAAUAAUAUCAUCAAUAUUGUUAUCAAUAUGGGAAUAUUAUAGGCACGAAACGAUAAAAAAAAUACGCGUAGUCAAUGUCAAAUUUAUUUAAAGAAAAGACUGUAAAGAGAUUUUAAAUCUUUUACCUCUGCGUUUUUGUCAAGGACAACGUUUUCGGCAAAAAAAUGUCAUUAAAUCGAUUUUAUUUUAUUUACAGAGCUCGUAACCUAGCAACACAGAAAUCAGACACAAAAUAUGUACGCACAUCUGCAAUACGUUCAAAACGAUCUGCUGCAUUAUUCACUAUAUUCAGGCAAAUUAAAUAAAUACCCGGGAUAAAAAAUAUAAAAAUUAACUUUGAUGUUUUUUUUUUCAUUAUUAGAAAUCCGAUCAAAACAUCAUUGACCAUGGCAAACCACCACUCUGAUGUCGAAAUGUAAGCAUAAUACGAAUUUAAAUUUGUCCUUUGUGAAAAAAUAUUUUUAAUCGCCUUUACAUUUAUUGACAGAGAUUUUAAAUUGAACUUUUUUUUAUUUCAAAUGCUUGUUUUUGGGAAAUUUAUUUUGUAAUGAAUUUUUUGAAUUGACUUAAUUUUAAUUUUCAGCGUGCGUGGAUGUUGUAACCUAACCGUACGGAAGUUAGUAGAUAUGAACUCUACACACAUUCGCAAUUUCAUUCAAAACGACGUGAUGCACAUGAUUCUGCGGGUUCAAGUCAAAGAAUAGCUAGAGAAAAAUAUUACUUGUAAGCCUAGAAUUCUUUUUUCUCACCAGAAAUCCAAUCAAAAUACCACCGACUAUCUCGAACACUUCAAUUUCGACGUAAGUAUAAUACAAAUGAAAUUAUGAUUAGCUAUUUGUGUAUUGUGUAUUCCGAAUGUAAAGAACUGCGAAAAUAAUUCAAGGCCACUUGGCAAAUAUAAUAAUUAUUAAAACCUGAAGUUCAUAAAAAAAAAAAAUUAUUAUACGAUUGCACUGCGAAAUUGCGAAUAACCAUUAAUUUAUUACGAAAAUUUGAAACACUCGCCGCUGGUGUAUAAUAUUAAUAUUUAACUAGUUUUCCUUAAUCUUCUGCGAGUUAUUUGAAAUUCUAAGCGUAACGAGGAAUGUAUCAUGGUUAGGUAAGUGUAGUUUUUUUCUGGUUCUAAAAAACUUUUUUUAUUAGAUAAUCGGUUUCAAUCUUCAAGUGUAUUGUUUUUCCUGGAAGUAUGAAGGUCCUUUUUAGAUUCUGAGUGAAGUGAAUAAGCUUAUGGUUUAACAAAGUUGUUGUGCACAAUUUUUCUACCAGAAAUCUUACUACGAUUUUUAAGUGUAGUACCUUUUAUGAAAGUAAAUCAGUGUGGGUAGGUACUAUAAAAAUGUUAUUUUUCGAUAUUCCCAAGAGUUUUCCCAGAAAAUGUGAAAAACCUAGCAAAAACAUAAAAAAACCGGGAAAAUGUAGGAAAUACGGGAAAAUCGGUACAUUUAACAAAUAUUAUUAAAAAAAACAUGAUAAUUAAAUUAUAACGCAUUUGUUAUUAUUUUACUAUGUAUAUGUUAUACAUUGUUGACAAAGCAUCACUAUCAAUUGAACUCCGCUCAGAAUCAUUUUUUUGUUAACAAUGGUCUAUCAUUGUUUACUGAUAUACAUUAAAUUACCUAUAAUAGUAGCUGCACCCAUCCCCAUUUUCUUAAGAUGUUUUUUUCACUAUGGCUAGUUUUAUUAUAUAUGGUAAAAAAAAUUAGGAAAAAGAGAAAAUAUACGCGAUAACAAUUUGUUAUUUAUGAUUUUGUAUUUCAGUAAAAAAUAAUCGUACAACCUAAAAUUUUCACAAAAUUUAUAUUUUCAUUUCUAGACGUUAUCAAAUUUUCAAAACUGCCUUACAAUUUUUCAGUUUUUUAUAGUCAUUUGAAAUAUUUGUUAUUUUUUUUUUUAGUUUUUAUUUGAUUUUAAACGGAUACAAUAUAUUAUUUAUUAUAGCCAUUAUAUUUUGAAAUCUAAUACAAUGUUCGUCAUAGAUCAAAGUAAACAAAAUAUUCAAAACAAUGAAAUAUUUUGAUUUUUUUUAAUUAACAUUUUAAUGGAAUUUAUUAUAAACCUUGAUAUUUCAUAAUACCGAACUUUGCUUAGAAAUAAUUUGCCAUUGCGUACAGAUAUAAAUUAAGAAUAACCCUUUAUAAUUUUAAGUUCAUUAUAUUUUUUUAUCUGUUAUUCUAUCAGAUAUAAAAUUUUGGGAAUAAAUACUGUAUUCGAAUAGAAGGCACAUCAAAAUAUGUAUACUAUAUAUUCAAUAUAGUAUCAAAAAUAUUAUUAUCAAAACAAAAGAUAGGCAUAAAAAUUAAUAUUAAAAAAAAUUUGUGUACAUGGCCAUUUUUAAUUUUUAAGUACAUUUAUAAGGAAGGUAUUCAAAUCCGGAUAUAUUUGAAUAUACGUCAUUGCAGAAUAUGUCGUCUCUAUGUCACAUUUCCCGUUACUUCAAACUUUUGCAUUUAAAUUCGUUUUUAAGAAAAUAAUUUUAAUGUAUAUGUACCUAGAUUUAAAUAGAAAGAAUGAAAAGAGUGGGAUUAAUUUGACCCAAUAAAAAAUAACGAACAAUAAGAUAACGUAUUCAAAUCCGCUUUGAUAUUAUACUUAUCGCAAAACUGCGUACAACAUUAGGAUUUUAGAUUCGGGAUUAUAGGAAAUUACUAUAAAAAACCUGAGUUUUGUUUACAAUACAUCUAUUCAUGCGCGAUUGAUGUAAAAUUGCCUAUAUAACACUCCUUUAAAAAUAAACCUAUUGGUUUGCAAUUUCUAAAGACUUAGUAUAUAGGCAAUACAAAAUAAUAAAACGUCGAAUUAGUUGUAUCUUGAUGAAUUUUCUACUUGGGCGAUUUGACGUUUUAAUAUUUUUUUUCGCAAUAUUCCAAUAUUUGAAUCUAUUUUAUUUCACCAGUAUGUUUUUUUUAAUUAUAUAACAAAGUAAAAAAAAAAGUACACAUUUACAUAAUAUCAAAUCAUGUUUCGUUACUGCCAGCCAUUCGCAUUAAUUAUUGAUCAAAUUAAUUAUUUGCACAAAACAUAUCAAUGUAUUCGCAAUACGAUUUACAGUCGGCUUAAUAAAAUUAAUUAAAAUGUCUGUAUAUUUACAUUACUAAUGUGUGUUUUUUUUUUUUUUCAUGCCACAGUCACAGCCGAUUUCCUAAAACGAGUUUUCAAUUAUCCCGCAGCAAUGAAUAACAAACAAGGAAAAGAGCAAACCCACCUGGUCAACAGCUCAAAUGCCAUUCCUGUAGUUUGAUGGAUGUUAUUAUAAAUAAUUAUUUAAUAAUUAUUGGUGAGUUGCAAUAGUGAGUUUUUGAAAAAAACGUAUUUUUUCUUGGUGGUUAUUUUUAAGUUUAUAUAUAUAUAUAUAUAGAUAGAUAGAUAUAUUAUUGUUUAACGAGUUUAUUAUAAAAAUGAACAAUAUUGUGUAAAUGCAUACCUAUAAUACUAGUUAAUAUAAAGUUUAUUAUAAUGAUGUAAAUGCGUACAUAUUCAGUUUGUAUAAUGUCAAUGCAGACAAAGACCUGUUAAUAACUACUAAGUUUUUACAAUGUCAAGGCGUCAAUUUUAUUGACCGACUCCGGCCAUUUACAAUUAAAAUUAAUUAAUUUAGUUAUUUACGAAGGUAUCAGUUAUACUAUUACCAUGGCUAUUUCAGUGAUUUUGGCUGAUUUAAGUUUAACGCGUGCUUAUAAUACCCGUUUUUUAUUCGUUCGGUUUUAAUUUAUCAUAUUUUGUUUCAAAUAAUAAUAAUAAUAAAAACAAAUGUAAAAACUAACGAGUCCAUUAAAUAAAUAAAUAUGGCGUACCUGCUCAACAAUCGAUUUAACCGUAUACUCGUUGCAGACUAUACUAGGUCGUUAGGUACG